CUCAGCACCAGCGCAUCUCCUCUCCGCGGGGUGCCUCCUCCUUCUUUCGGCACCAGCAUCACAGGAACCCUGACAGACACACAGACGGAGGGAGGGAGGGACGAGGCCUCGGUGAUAGCGCUCCCCGCUCCAGAGCUCGGUUCCUCGCGGUCCGUUAUGUCUUUGAGCCUGCUCCCCCUCUCGCCAUGUCCGCCGCUGAACGCCACCCACCGCCGCUGCUCCUCUUCUUGCCGUCGCUGCUGCUGAUCUCCUGCCUGGAUGGGGCGGCGAGGGCAGCAGCGGCACUGGAGGAGGGCGGCGGCCUCACGGCCGGGGCCGGAGACCCAUCCGGCACCGACACCGCCGCCUCGGGCCGAGCCGCCACCCUCUCGGCUCUAUCAGCAGAGCCUCAGUUUGCCCUGAGGGUCCUGGUGAGAGAUCUGGUGACCCGCCAGCCCCUGUCGGGGGCUUCGGUGGACGUCUACGUCAAUCACACCUUGAGGAGUUCUGCCCAGACCGGGGAGAUGGGGGAGGUUCUGCUCUGGGUGACGUACAGCCCGGGCCUCGGUCUGACCCUGCUGGGCAGCAUGGGAGGCUAUGUGCCCAGCCUGCUCCCCUGGAGCACCAAUAAGAGACCAAUUUUCUCCUCUGUCACGUUGCUGCUGCUCCCUCACAGUCAGGGGAACAUCUGGCUGUAUGAAGACUCCGUGCUCAUCACCGGGAAGGUACCUGACAGCUCAUCCCAGCCGAUGGUGAAGUUCCCAAAGAACAUUCUCACGAUCCCGGAUAAGACCAACAUCUCUUCGGUGAUGGCGUACCUGACUGUACUACAUCCCCACCUGGCGAAGGACUGCACCAACUGCACUCCUGGCUUCAUCAGCAACAAAUCAGUUUUCAGAAGUAUUGAUCUGAAAGCCGUGGCAGCCAUCAGCGUCCUGCUGUACUCUGGUGGCGAGGAGCUACAGGUUCGAGGACCCAUCCAGAUCAGUCUGCCGCUGGGCCACCACACACACCUCAGGGCCUCUGAUACUGUGCCAGCCUGGGCCUUCAACCAGAAGACAGGUGGCUGGGAGAAUCAUGGUCUGGGAAUAGUUAAAACGGUUGGAAAUGAGUUGGUUUGGACUUACACCGCUUCCCAUCUGGGCUACUGGAUCGCCGCCCCUCUGCCUUCAUCAAGAGAUUAUCUGGGACAUGCAAACUCUUUGGAUUUCCUAUCUUACCAUACUUACCUGUUGGUAGGAAUACUGGGUGGAACUCUGGCCAUAGUGAUUGGAUUUCUGUCCCUGCUCUUGUGCCACUGUGGAGGUUCUUAUCGAGAGCCCAGGAGGAGGAGAGCACGUUUUUCCAAAUUGACGGUUGUAAAGAAAGACCAAACCACCUCCACCCACAUGGAAGAGGGCUUGUUGUUCCGAUCUGGCGACAACAGCCUCGCCACCUGCAGCAUCCAGUGCGAACCGUCAUCUACUCCAAGGCACAAAGCCAACUAUAACAUCUACGUGGAGGAUCCAGGGACUCGUGCCGCGGCACCGCUUUAUGAGAACAUCACUCCAGAUCGGAUGAAGGGUCCUCAGCCGCCACCUCACUACAUCAACAGUGAAGAGGUGUCUCGAUUAAGGGAGAAGUCGGAGCAGAACCGGGCCAACAUCAACUGCGACAACUUCUUUCAGGAUAAGCUGGUCCAUAUCUACAACCAGCCAGUGGCUAUUAUUCCCGCUCCCGAGCUCUUCAGUGCUCAGGAUCAGCAGCUACCAGGCUGCAAGUCCGCCACCUUCCCCCGCAACGGAAGUGAGUAUGAUGCUCACUCAGAGCCUGCAAGUAAAGACAGCUACACCCAGACACUACCCAAAGUUCCUCACCACCACUCACAAGGUGGGAGCAGCCCACAGCAGAGUAGCCAAGAUGAUCCCCAGCCUCUGGAGACGCCCCCUCAGGGACAAGGCCCUAACAGUGUGUGGGGACGCUACAAUAACCUCCUUGAAUCCUCCGUCUCUGUGCCUGGGACUCUUAAUGAGGCAGCUGGCAUGGAGGGCUUCAACACCGGGCACGGCGUGCCCAGUGAGUUGCAGGGGAUUUCAGAGCGCACCUUGCUGGAGCUGACGCGUGGCAAGUCCUCGUCGUCUCACCCCAGAGCCUGGUUUGUCUCCUUAGAUGGGAAGCCAGCAGCGCAGGUCCGCCACUCCAUCAUUGAGCUCCAGAGCCACCACCGCCAGCCAAGCAGCAACGACACCAGCCUGGACUCAGGGGUGGACAUGAACGAGCCUCAGCAAAGCAUCCGCGAGACGGAGCGUGAUCGACCUUCUAUCAGGGCUUCUUCCCUGCCGCACCACAGCCGUGGCGGGCGGUACGGCGAAGAGCAGGACCUGAGCAGCAGUGAGAGCGGCACCACUGCUACCUGCACACCAGAGGACCCAUCCCUGAGGAACAUUUUAGAUGGGAGCAGUGGGGCCAUUCCGAAUAUUCCUGAAGAGCGUGAUGGGAUGGAUACAUCCAGCGCUCAGGAGGACAGUGAAUCAAGAGGUACACCACCUCCCCGGCGCCUGAGGAAGGUGAGGGAGAAGGGGAAGACAGAAAAGAGGAGCGCCAAGCACAUCCGGGAGGGCAGACCUCUGACCAAGAGAAGCUAAAGCUUCUCAGGCUCAUUUCCCCACCCAUCAGUGCUUCAGUUAAAAUCCAAAUUAAGUAAUUCAUAUGAGUUUGUGUUCACACAGGCAUUGUUGUUGUUGAGUUCUGUGAUUGUACAACUUUGCCAAAGAAUGCAUAAGCUAGCUCAAGAAAUGAAUCAGCAUCUGUGUCACGUUAUGUAGCUGCUGUUAAGACGAGUUUGUGCACCGUGUUCUCUCAUUCUCCCAAAUCUGACGAUCACCAGCGAGAUUCCUCACAGCAGAUGUCCGUGUGAACACGAUGUCCCACAGUAUCCGGUUCUGGCAUUAUAGAGGGUGCCUUCUUACUGCCUGUAAUCGUUAUAUAGGGUUACGCAAAGGUGGUGUGUGUCGAUAUUUAGUAUAAAAAAAAUCUGGUGAGUUUGCAGGAUGGACACAGAUACAGGUCAAUGUGUAGUGCACUUAUCCUCACCAUAAAUGCCUGCUGUAUAUUAAAUAAGACGAAGAAGCUUUCCCAGUCCGCAGCACUCACAUCUCGCUUUGUAUCCUACUGCCUCAUUCCACCAUAAAUGACGCUCUGGGAUUUGUUAACUAAACUGAGUGUAAGUAAAAGGAAAACGAGCUUCAGCUUUCCAACUUUUGACUGACUCCAGAACCUUUGGAUUGAAAUUUUGAUGUACAUUGUAAAGCAAAGCAAAGCUGCCAUUUUGAAGUUCAUGUCUGAAGUUUAAGGUUUUUAGCCUACAUCUGUUUUUGAAUGCAUGAAAAUGAAUGUUUUCACCGUGCGUAUGAAUAUAUUUGCAUUUUACCGUUAACGGCAAUUCAUCAUAGAUUACUUAGAGACUGAAUUUUUUCCCCAUUUAUUUCCAUUUACAGUUGUCCACAUUUAUUUGUAUGACAAAACGUGUCAAGACUUGUUUAACGGGAUUCGUAAGAGCCCAAAGAAUUAGAUUAACUAUUGGAAACAAUCAGUGGUACAGUUGCUACUUUUCUUUGAGGGAUACUGUUAUAACUAUGCUGUUGUCACACAGUGGACAAAGUGGACUUAUUGUGCUACCUAUUAGGUUUUAAUUGAUGAGGUCAGUGUAUGUCUAAGUAACCUCUGCAAGGAAAAGUGCUGGCUUCAGUCUACUUUAAAUACUUGCUUUCAGACAGUUUUUUCUGCUGUUGGCUCUGGAUGAUGUCAGAGAGUGGGGCUGUCUUUGCCCCACCCACUUGUUGUUCAAACCCUCUGUUUGUUAGUGGAAGCCAUUUAGAAGACAAAUAGUCUAAGAUAGGCUACUGCAGGGCUCAGUAUAAGGAAUAUUUAUUAUUUUGAUCCUUGAAUAAUGCAAAGCUACUCCAGUAGAGUCCAAGAAUAACAACAUGGAGAUGGUAACGAGCAUAGCAAGUCCUCUUUAACUGGAAGAAUCUGUUGCUUGCCAAUAAAUUAUGAUUUGGUUUACUUUAUUCUUAAUACCUGAACAUCUUUUCGGGUACAGCGUUACCCUUUGAAAUUGGUGCCUUGGAGAUCUGCUUUUAGCUGUACCUGCAUGCCCAAAUCUAUUUAUAUAUAUAUACUCACACAGUAGGCAUCAACAUAGGUUUAUAUUUUCUAGAGGGAGGGAAAAAAAUCUGGGUUUGAAUGAACGCUUCAGUUUACAAUAAUGGUUCUCCUCUUUUGGUCCAGAGAGCGCUUCUUUGCUACACUGAUAUAGUGCAGCUCAACAGAAGGCAAUGCCAUUGUAGCGGUCUGUGAGCUAGUUGGUCCGUUGGUAGACCAUUUCAACAACUGUUGGUGGUUUACUGUUAGAAUGUGUACAGAGGCUCAUUGUUUCCUGAUACUGUAUCACAAUUAUUUCAAUCACAAACGUAUUUUCCUCUCCGGUUCACCAUAAGGCUGACAUUUGGUUGGAUGGAUAGCCAUGUAUAUUAAUGUUCCUCUCAGGAUGGUUUGUAAGAACUUUGCUGACCCUUAAAUUUCCAUGCUGCAUCAUCUUAAAGUCAAAGUCAUAGACUGUAUAAAAAAUGGACGUAGCCACCAGAGCAUCAUCCAUUGGCCUGUUAAGUGCUUCAGUGGAUGAGUGUUUUCCCCAGCUGGUUUCAAACAUCACAGUGUUUGAAACCAGCUGUGAUGUGUAAGGUGUGGAUUUGACUGAGAAACUGCUAGCUCAGUAUUAAGAUUUUUAAAACGAGGUUGGAACGACUAUGUUCUGAAACUGGCAACUGUGUCUGUAACUUGUCAACUAGGAACUGUGGGCGGUUUUCUGUAAAGGUUUAUAUGACCCAAAGUCUUUUUGCAGUCAGAGGACUCGCCCCCUGCUGGAUAUCAGAAUGCACCUUUAAGGCGGUCCUGCAUUAGCUUGACUUUGUCCAUCCUUUAAACAGUCCAUGGUCAAAUUUUCAACGGUUCAUUUCCUGCAAAACUAAUAAUAAUGUCUGUUGUACUUUGUGUCUAACCAGCAAAUAUGAGAAAUAUUAGCUGAAAUAAGAUGACUAAGGCCUCAUUUACACAAGACGUAGAGAGCUGAUGGCGACUGCCUGGCACUGGAAGGCUGCUAGGAAAAAAAAAAUUCUCCAACCAAACGAAAACUACAUUAAGCUCUCCCAUUAUUCACUAAGGGUUUCCACAGUGGGCAGUGCUGCAUAUUUGAUUGGGCAGGAUACUCUUCCUGAUGCAAACCACAAGGUAUUUCCUCCUGGUCUUGAACUGGGGGAUCUUUUGCUUGUUGUGGGCAGUCGCUGUGGAAUCCAUUGCUAAGACCAGUGACCCCCUUGUAACUGCCGUUCACUAUGGAAAAAUGUGUUUUCCCAGAUUAGCAAAAGGUUGUUGGAGGUUACUGUUGCUAGGUGAAGCUGGCUGUAACAAGAUAGAGGGCUGAUUUGGCGCAGAGUUUGCACGGAAGUCUCCACCUGGUUUGCAAACACUUCAAGUCUUGUCAACUACUCACGGAGCGAUAGUAAAACUGUGAAGAAUAGAGCACAGACUGCCUUUACAGUAAAAGUGUUGCCUUUUGAAAUAUGUUGGUUCAGCAGCUUUUACUUUGAAUGCAAAUGUUCUAGGUAGUGCUACACUUGUUCAUGUUUAAUUACCACUCAUUGGCUGACUGGUGAGUGUUUGCAGACAAAUUCCAUGCAAACUGUGGACGACCGCAGUAAUCUGCUAGCGACCAAAGCAAUUGCAACAAGGUUUUUGAGGCAGUACCCUGUUUUGCAAACUAUUUUACACAACGACAGCCAGCAACCACUCACCAACCAGUCAGGGAAUACACAUUUUAUAAGGGGUGUGCUGACUGGUCUGUGGCCCUACAAGGCAUAUACAUAUACUCGCUUAGCAUGUUAAGCUUAACUAUUGUGACCAUAUUAGCAUGCUAGCAUUGAGCUCAGAGGACAACUGGUAGCAUAAAUCUGAGUACUUGCGCUCUUAAUAUUUAUACAAAGAAGUAUUUUAGUGAAAUAUUGAACAAAAAGGCCAACCAUACUAUUUCAUGCCUUUCCGACUUGGCAGGACAAGGCAGGUUUAUCCAUGUUUCCAAGAAAUCUUCAGUGGGUAAAUAUGGGUACCCACUGAAGGUUGGGUAAAAACCCACUAAAAGUGGGUAAAAAUAUCCACAAUAAAAAAUUUAAAACUGUUGAACCAUGAUACAGUGUGAAAAACAAUGGUUCAAAUAGCAAUAUUUUCAAGUAAAUUCACUUUUUAAAGAGAACAGUGCAGCAAAGCUUUUACCAUAAUUAGUCUUCCAUCAUUUUAUGACUCUUUGGAUUUCAUUCUGUACAUUCACAUGUGCUCUUUUGUAUGUAUAUAGUAAAGAUUUUAUGUACGAUGUGACAGUGAUUUAAAUCAUUUGUGCUGUUUUUUUCUACCAUCCAGAAGUGGAGAUAUGCACCGGUUGAAUGAAACAGAUUUUGAGUGUUUUCCCCCCACAGGAUUGUACAAAAAGCCUGAGCUUUGUAAUUUUAAAUGUAGCAACAAACUGAGCACUUGAUCAUUCAGUACGCUUACAGCUGAAAAUAUUUUUCUCCUGCUUGUCAUCAGCUUUAAAAAACACGGUACACCCCAGCCUCAGCGGCCACUCGAGGAGUCGUAUGUCAACACGUUGUGCUGGUACUUCUUGACGAGCGCAACAACUCCGAUCACUGCCACUUCCUGUUUUUGAACGUGAUUUGUAUUGAUUUCGAUGUAUAGUGUUCCCCUUGUGUUUCUCACUAUCGAAUCGUCUGAUUCUUCCCCAAUGGACACCUCUUGUGUUUUUACCUCUGUAAUGAUGGUAGUGCUGUUAGUCUUGCCUUUUUUGUGCACCAAAUUAAUAAACUUAGUUGAUACCAGUUA